CUUUGUUAGGUUAUUUUAGACAGAGCAGCCUCGCCCUGGCGCAGCCAGAUUGGCUCUGCUGGGGAGAAGGCGAGAGAACUAAGGGGCAGAGUGCACCUGCCUGUGUGGGCAAGUGUGCCCGGGUGCGUGGGUGUACGUGCACUGGCGAGCGUGCCAGCGUGGGGUUGGAAUAGUGUACGAAGGUGGGGGUCUGAGUGUGUCGUCGCGAAGGUUUGUCAUUGUACGUGACAUCAGCACACCGGUGUACCAGCCUGUCAGUGUCUGGACUCCAAGUGUGCAAAAUUAUGCUGGUGUCAAGUGGGUGCCCGUGAACGUGUCCGAUGGUCAUUGCGCGAGGCGCUCUCGGGGAGGAGCACGGACCUAGGAUCCCCGCUUCUGGCCCCGGCCUCGCCGCGUCAUUGAUGGGCAACCAACUGGACCGCAUCACCCACCUUAGCUACAGCGAGUUGCCCACCGGGGACCCGUCGGGGAUCGAGAAGGACGAGCUGCGGGUCGGGGUUGCCUACUUCUUCUCGGAUGAGGAGGAGGACCUGGACGAACGAGGCCAGCCCGACAAGUUUGGCGUGAAGGCCUCCCCGGGCCGCGCUCCCUGCCCGGAGAGCCCUAGCCGUCGCCGCCACCACCACCUGCUGCACCAGCUGGUCCUCAACGAAACUCAGUUCUCCGCCUUUCGGGGCCAGGAAUGCAUCUUUUCCAAAAUGAGCGGCGGCCCUCAGGGCGCCGACCUGAGCGUCUACGCGGUCACGGCGCUGCCCGCGCUCUGCGAGCCCGGCGACCUGCUGGAGCUGCUGUGCCUGCAGCCCGCGCCAGAGCCGCCCGCGCCCGCCCCGCACUGGGCCGUCUACGUGGGCGGCGGGCAGAUCAUCCACCUGCACCAAGGCGAGAUCCGCCAGGACAGCCUGUACGAGGCGGGCGCGGCCAACGUGGGCCGGGUGGUGAAUAGCUGGUACCGCUACCGCCCGCUGGUGGCCGAGCUGGUGGUGCAGAACGCCUGCGGCCACCUGGGCCUCAAGAGCGAGGAGAUCUGCUGGACGAACUCGGAGAGCUUCGCCGCUUGGUGCCGCUUCGGCAAGCGGGAGUUCAAGGCGGGAGGGGAGGUGCCGGCCGGCACGCAGACCCCGCAGCAGCAGUACUAUCUCAAGGUGCACCUGGGUGAGAACAAGGUGCACACGGCCAGGUUUCACAGCCUGGAAGACCUCAUCCGCGAGAAGCGCCGCAUCGACGCCAGCGGCCGCCUGCGUGUGCUCCAGGAGCUCGCCGACCUUGUGGACGACAAGGAGUAGCCUGGGGGAAGCCGCCCGCCCCUCCAGCCUCCCCGCGCCCCGCUCCCUCCCCCGCACGCGGGCUCCCAGGCCGGCGAUUCAGCACCCCCCGACCCUCUUGAGUGGCCACCCGCAGCGGCCAGCGCCCGGGCUGCAGCC